AUGCUUAAUCCCGAAGAAGUGGAUCAACCGGUGAUCAAAGGACAGUACUGUGCGAUGGAUACCAACUUUAUAUUAGACAUGAAGAUAGAAAACAUCGAAAAAUCAGAUAAUUUUGGUGAAGUAAUGAAUAAAUCAGUUUUUGCCACAAAUAUUAUGAAAGGAUUACUCGGUUCUUAUAUGGAGACUAUUCUUGACGUUCAAAAUAGCAAUAACACUAACAAUGAAUGGAUUGAAUACAUGGAAUAUGGUAUUACAAAAGACAUGAAAAUAAUCAGUGGUUUCUGUUUGCCCACCACUUGUAGACCCGAAGACCUGUCCGACGCUAUCAAUGAAAUAUUACUUGCUAUAUUUGCCACAUUAACACUUAUGGUAAUAUUGGGAACAAUCCUUCACUGUUCGUCCCGACAAUCACUAAUCAACCGAUUUGUGGGCAAAACAACGAUUGCAUACAUUUUGAGGUGUUUUUCGGCCAAAAAGAGCGCAAAACAGAUCUUUAGUCUCAGACAAUAUGAAAAGUACAUACGCCUAUUACCAAUGAUUGCUGCGGGUGUCCUCAUUAGUUUUAUAUACGACCUGAUUGGAGAUGGACCAUUUUGGGCCACUGCUAAGUACUCGUCUGCCGACUUCCAACUCUAUGCGUUGUCUCCGUUGGCAUUCCUCGCGCUCUACAAAAUGCCCAGAUUUGGUGUUCUCUGGAAUGUCUUCCUAUUGGCGAUCGGAAUAUCCAUUCCUCUCAUCACUCGCUUCUACUUUAAUAUCCCUCACAUAUGGCAGGGAUUCUCCGCUGACACUACUUCUGCUACUAUAGCCGCCUGGACUUACCAUUACUGGUCAUCUUUACCGUACUUUCAGACUUAUAUCGUCGGUAUUCUCGCCGGUUAUGCUAUCCGUCGGCACCCGAAGGCAUACUUAGGCGGACGGAUAGGAGAGACGAUCAUAUCUUUGAUCACAUUUUCGAUGACAUUUGGGAUCUGCUGGUGGAAUAAAGACUUUAGUCACUUUAGUUACCGAUACACUCGACUUAAUGGAUACGAACAACACUUAUAUCUAUUGAUUCAUAAAGUGUUUUAUUUAUCGGGAUUUUGUUGGCUUUUCUACGCCUGUGCCACCGGUAGAGCCGAAACCAUAAAUAAGAUAAUGGGUUGGAAGGGAUUUAAUGUAAUCAAUAAUUUGGCGCUUGAAAUAUAUCUUUUACAUAUGUUUGCCAUAGUCUACAGAGUCGGCACUUUAAGAGAGCAAGUGACUUAUAAUGAUUAUUAUGUAAUAUCGAGUGCUAUCUCUGACUUUAUUAUAACAUAUUUGGCGGCACCAUUCAAAGCAAACCAAUUGUCAAAUGGUUUGGACACCCUUUCGGAUGAUUACGACUUCGAGGGAACGGAUAAUAGUUUAUUGAAUGAAACGGACAGCGAAUCCAAUGAUGAUUAUGAAGACAAUCGAUGCUCAGAGGAUGAGAUAAUUGACAAAAUGAUUGAUAUAAUGACUCCCGAAGACUAUAACGAGGGAAAACGUCGCAAAGAUUGGGUACUUUUGGCAGAAAUAUUAGCGCAAAGACCGAAGGAUUGA